CCAGGGUCAGGGCCACCCAAGGUGGCUCCCUCCCCUCUCCUGGUGCCGAGGUCUGGGCACCGGGCCACUGCUCAUUCUCCAGGUCAAGUUAAACAUUUAGUGGAAGGUUAUCGGGUGGGCGAGGGGGAGGGAGAUCAGGGACCGACAGACGCUCCCCAGCGUCUCUUCUCCGGAGCCACCAGUUCCCGCCCCUGCCAGACAAUGCCCGUGGAGGAGUUUGUGGCCGGCUGGAUCUCUGGAGCUCUGGGCUUGGUCCUGGGACACCCUUUUGACACUGUGAAGGUGCGGCUACAGACCCAGACCACAUACCGGGGCAUCAUCGAUUGUAUGGUUAAGACUUACCGCCAUGAGUCGCUUCUGGGCUUUUUCAAGGGAAUGAGCUUCCCCAUUGCGAGCAUAGCUGUGGUCAACUCCGUCCUGUUCGGGGUCUACAGCAACACGCUGCUGGCACUCACAGCGACCUCCCACCAGGAGUGGCGGGCCCAGCCACCCAGCUACACGCAUGUCUUCAUAGCUGGCUGCACCGGAGGGUUCGUGCAGGUCUACUGCUUGGCCCCUUUUGACCUCAUCAAAGUCCGGCUACAAAACCAGACAGAGCCGAGGGCGCGGCCGGGCAGCCCCCCGCCCCGGUACCGGGGGCCUGUGCACUGUGCGGUCUCCAUCUGCCAGGAGGAGGGGCCCUGGGGGCUCUUCCGGGGAGCCUGGGCCCUGACGCUGAGGGAUACCCCCACGAUGGGCAUCUAUUUUGUCACCUAUGAGUGGCUGUGCCGCCAGUCCACGCCGGACGACCAGAACCCCAGCUCAGCCACAGUGCUGGCGGCAGGGGGCUUCGCAGGCAUCGUCUCCUGGGCCGUGGCCACACCCUUGGACGUGAUCAAGUCCCGGAUGCAGAUGGCCGGGCUGAAGCACAGGGUGUACCGGGGGGUGCUGGACUGCAUGGCAAGCAGUGUCCGGCAGGAAGGACUGGGGGUCUUCUUCCGGGGGCUUACGAUCAACAGCGCCCGUGCCUUUCCUGUCAACGCUGUCACCUUCCUCAGCUACGAGUACCUCCUGCGCUGGUGGGGAUGAGCGUGGCCAGGUCGUGGCCGCAGCUCCCCCGCCAGACCCCCGCCCGACCGCCCAGAUGGGAGAAUAAGGGGAAAGCACCAGCUUGCCUUUGCCAUUCGAGAGGCCCGGCCCUUCCUUAUGGGCACGCAGCUGUGGGGGGCAGGAGGCCCGGGGUCCUGGCCUCGGGAACUCAGGGCUGGCUUCAGCCUCCCAGCAGCCCUCAGCCUUGGCACCCGUGCUCCCCGAGUCUGUGAAACACAUUCACGGGCCCCUGGUGCUGGUGACAUUCCAGCCCCCGCCCGUGACUUCACCCCUCAGAGAGCUCUCAGGGCCUGCACUCCUGGGUGCUAGCCACCCCCUGGA